AUGCAGGGGGACCUGGGCUCCCAGAGGAGUUUCAGUGUGUUGGACCGCCUCCUCCACACACACCCUAUCUGGCUGCAGCUGUCAAUCAACGCUGACUCCGCCCUCUACAUCUUGCUCAGAGAACCUGUCGGGACGUUCCUGGUGCGUAAAUGCAGCUCCAGCCAGAGGAAGAUGUUGUGUGUCCGAGUGACACCUGACAGGGCAGCGUCCUCCAUCAAGGAGUGUCUCAUAUGUGAGGAGGACUCAACCUUCGCCCUGGAGAACUCCUCCCUCAGCUUCCCAGACCUCUGCCGAUUGGUGGCCUUCUACUGCAUCAGCAGAGAUGUGCUGCCUUUCCCUUUGGAGCUCCCAGAAGCCAUUGCUCAGGCCUCUUCCCACAGAAAGCUGGAGGCCAUCUCUCAUAUGGGAUUAGAGUUCUGGUGUCCCCUGUCUGACACCCAGAAUGGACCAGGGUGGCAGGCUCCACCCACCAUCAUUAAGGCCCCACCCAGCACCACCAAGGCUCCACCCAUCAGUGCCACCCAGGUCAAGGCAGGUCUGUCCCAGGACCUGUGUUACUUGCUGUCCUGCGGCAGACAGGAGUCUCUCUGCUUCAUCAACCCACUCUUCCUACAGGUGGAGCAGCAGCAGCAACAGCAGCCAACCCAGGUGGCGUCACACAAACGCCACCGCUUCAAACGCAGUAUGAGGGUCCGUGUCUCCACCGAGAGCUCCAUGACUCUGUCUGGUGGUGGGGGGGCUGGGUCGUUCCCUUCCUCAGUCCCAGAAGACCCCCAGGACCAGGAGAGGCUCCAGCCCAGUCCCAACCCACACAGGAAGAUCCAUCCUGGGGCUGGCGUCCUGAGGAGGACCCCUGCACUGUCCCCGACGUCGGCAGAGGAUGAGGAUCUCGUGCCAAUAAAUGUACCGCCACCGGUAAAGGCUCCAACAGAACCUCCGGUGGUGGAGGUAGAGGAGGACCUUCCUGCUCCAGAGGAGCCCAGCAUCGAGGUGGCGUGCCUGGCCUUGGAGGGCCGCCCGGCCCCCUCUCUGGCCGAACUGGACAGCAGCAGCUCAUUCAGCAGCCUGGAGGAAGAGGAACCAGAACCAGAGGACCAGUUCUUUAAACAACCAAACCACAACCCCCAGCACCGCCCGCCCAUGGUGCGCUCACGGGGGGGCCACGGAGGCCUGCACAGGAUGAGUGCGGCGUUUGUGUGUUUCUUCGCUCCAGAGAAGAGGCUCGCCAGGCUGGUGGAGGAGCUGUCCAGGGAUCGGAGGUCUGCGUUUGGUUCCCUGGUCCAGGAGUUCAUCCAGAGACAGAGAGAGGAGCUGAGAGAGGUCCUGGCGCAGGCUGCAUCCUCAUCAUCGUCUUUCUCAUCGACGACCUCCGUGGGGGUGCUCCGGGGACUGCGGCGCUUCCUGUCCCAGGCCAAUUGCUUCCUGCUGGACAGCGGAGAGCUGUCACCCCCCCUAGAGACCCUGGUGCCUGACAAUGAGAAAGACUUAGCCCUGGAGAAGGCCAUGUUUGGCUGUGUGCUGAAGCCUCUGAGGGUGCUGCUUGGCCAGGCCCUCCUCUCCCUCCACAGACAGGACGGCUCCACCAAGCGCCUGGCCUGCAGUCUCCUGGACUGCCAAGAGGGGGCGAUGGAGCACCUUGGGGUGCUUGUGGGCGUGCCCGACACCCGUGGCGUGGAGAGGGUGAGGCAGAAGCUGGCUCUCAUGCAGCGCACCCACUCGCCCAUAGACAAGAUGCUGCUGCUUCUGCAGAUGUGCAAGGCGGUCCAGAAAGCCAUGGGGGCCCUCCACGACGGUGGACAGGAAGUGAGCUCGGCGGACUUCCUGCCGGCGCUGUCCUAUGUGAUAGUGAUGUGUAACACACCUCAGAUCCUACUGGAGGUGGAGUACAUGAUGGAGCUGCUGGAGCCCUCCUGGCUCACUGGGGAGGGUGGGUACUACCUGACCAGCGUCUAUGCCAGCCUGUGUCUGAUCCAGAGCCCAGAGGCGGAGGGGGACCAAGUCCCCCCAGGAGGUCUGACUCGUGAGGCACAGGAUGGGCUGAGGGAGUGGGGCCGCAGACGCAGCCUGGAAGCCAAGAGCCACCAGGAGAGACAACAGAACCAGAGGUGCGUUCGGGUACUGUUCCAGGACGGCGGGCGCAGUGCUGUGCGGACGCUGCAGUGGAGAGCCGGCGAGAGCAGCGAGGCCCUGGCCCAGCUCUGUGCCUCCACCUUCGCCGUCUCCGAGCCCCAGGACUACACCCUCUACUGGAGGUCCGGGGGGGAGAUGAGGACCCUUCCCACCCAGGCACAGCCUAAGGACCUGGCCAGCCACAGCGAGGGAGGCCCCUCUCUCUCCUACCUCCGCACGGACCACGACUUCAGCAAGAUGCGGCGGCUGACCAGGGGGGGAGCUGUGGACCUGGGGGAGUCUAUGUGUGAGGAGUGA